CGAAGGCGCUCCGUUCCUAUCGAUUUCCCUGGACCCUCGCCAAUAUCACGCCUCCUUCUCCUCCUUCCCCCGGAUGCUUCAGCUUGUCCCUUGCCUAAAUCAUCAACCUCAUCCCAUGUUUGCUGUUCCAUCACCCUUUUCUUUCUGCAGGCCGCAAUGGAGGGUUGUUGUGAUAAUCAGGCAACGAGAGGAAGGGAGUGUAGCCUCGGCCCAAGCCUUCCCGAUCGAGAUAUACGAGCCAACGUUAUUCUCUCAGUAAGAGUCGGUGGUAUUCCGCGGUCAUGUAUUGCUCCGGCGCGGCAGAGCUGUAUCAUUGAGUUUGCCGGGGGGAAGACAAGGCAAAGGCAAAGGAGAUGUGAUGAAGUGAUAAGAAGGGGGUCUCGUUGCAGAUGUUUGUGGUUGUGGUUGAAGGCGGUUGUGGACUCCGAGCUCACCAUUCCUCGAAAUUCUCAUAGUUCUGGUGCGGACUACCUCCGUAGUCGAUCUGGAGAUGGAGAUGGAGAUGGAGAUGUUACAUGUCUUAUGUCAAUGUCUCACUCAUAUCCCCUGUCCUUGCACAGUGCGUGCAAGUACCCUAAGUCUACUUCUCCUUCUUCUUCUCCCCCGCCUUCCACGUUAGCCCUCCAAGCCCCCAAAUAGGCAAAUGAGAUUGGAGCCUUCCACUCAUACAGUAUCCUCCUGCCGCACUGCCUGAAGACCUCCAUGAUGGGAAAAUUGGGUUGAGGUGUUGGUAUGGACUCCAUACAGGAUAGGAUGUAAUAAUGGUCGAUGCUAUGGCGAUGGCGAGGGAGAGGAAGAGAAAAGUACCAUGCAUGAUACCAUUCCCGUUGUUGCCUGCCCCCUGGUCUACCAGCAGCAGCAGCAGCAGCAGCAGCAGCAGCAGCAGCAGCAGCACUAAUGGGUGAAUUCCUCUACGAACAGCUGUUGUGUGACGCUUGAAUCUGUCUCUGUC